AUGGCACCAAAGCGUAGCAUUCUCAGCGCGCUACAGGCGACCAGCAUGGUGGAAUCGAAGCCUGUCCUGCCCGCCGAGAUCCUCGCCUCCAUCCUCGACUACCUGCCGGUCUCUGACAUGAUCCGGUUCGCCAAGACCUCGCGGCGAAUGCGCGAGAUGGUAUACGAUGAUACGAGAUGGGUAGCCCGAUUGAAGAGCAUGGGAUGCUGGGAUGAGCUCGAGGCGAGGCGGAGAUUUGAGGACGCCAUGAAGCGGAAACGAGAGACCAUGAAACGGGCCAGCAUUGCCGGACAAAGCCCGGUGUCUGCGAGGGGGGCGAAUACCACUAUAUUCGACGCAGCUCUCGAAGCGGAACGGCGGAACAAAGCCAUCGAGGAAGCCGCCCAACCCCCGGAUAUCAGGGUGGACGGCUUUGAGACCUUGAGUAUAAAUGCCCCGCCGUCUAAAUCGCCUUUUGAAGACCCGGAGGCGCUCCUUGAGGUUCUGAAAAAUGUUCGAAGUAUCCGGGGCCAUGCUAGACAGGAGUAUGGGAAGAUAUAUGGGGCUCUGGCCCCUUUCUACUUUGACCUGGUACAAGCGAAGAGCCAUACGGAUCCCAUCCUGUUUCGAGUCUUUCGAGAUCCUGAGCGGCAAGCACAAAUGCUGGCCAACCUGCACACCUUCACCAAGAGUGAUUGGGCGCAAGGGUGGCGCGAGAGAGAAGAAAAGCUGAGCAGUAUGUCUCACGUCUUCGAAAGCGCCGUGUUGAGAGAAUUUGAGCAAGGAUAUGAGUUCUGGGACGUGGACGGGAGGAUGAAGAGAUAUGCUCACGUUUUGCAUGCUCUAAAUGGUGGCACGCCGGCCAUAGACCUCUUUAUCUCGAAACACCCGAUAUUUAACGACCGCGAGGUCCUGGCCAAUUCUAUGGACUGUGUUAACCAGGCUGCUCGCGACGAAAUCACGCUUGAACCAUCUCAAAAGUUUUUCGACACCCUAUCCAAGAAGUUGGGGGAGCAGAAUGCAGUUAUGACCCGCAUAUUCCCAAACCCGGCUACGGUAUUCUGGUCGCUUGUGGACAAGGUUAGAGAAGACAUCAUCAUGGAUUACGUUACGCCCCUACUGGACGAAACGCACGAGCGGCACUUGGCCUCGUAUCUGAAGGCUGCAUCAGGGCUUUUCGAGCAAUGUUUUGCAUUCGCAAAGUUACUUGACGCUCCGGCGGGCUCAGAAGAAAAGCUCGAAGAAAAACUCGAGGAUCGUGCAAAGGAGACGGCACUCAAAGUCUUUGAGCCUCAUCUUGAUCUAUACCUGCAAGAAGAACUCGACUUCUUUACGAAACAUGCGGAACGGGAGGUUGGCAACUGGGACCAGAAGCUGUCAGAGCAGGACGCGACCGUCGAGUCGUUCUACAUGAAGAACUUCAAUCGGCAAGCUGAUAAGAACGACUUCUUAAGUUCUUUCAAGAAGGUUGUCAUGAUGCCAGUAACAGUUCUUCCAAACAUCCCCUUGUCCUCGCCUUUCGGUGGCGGCAAGCCUGCCCCAGCUUCAGCUGCAAAUUCAUCAAGCCGGAGGCCUGUGAGCAUAACGGGUACCCCUGGGUCCUCUCGCCCUCAGACUCCUGGGCUAGGGACCAGUUCAGAACGCACGGGAACUCCCCUGCCUACAGAGGCACCACCAACCGAUGAGCUCAAAGCAAAAGCAGCGCUCAUGGCCAGUCGACUCGAAGGGAUUAAGACUCUCUUCAGUAUCGAAGUGGCACUCGACCUUGUGCAUAGCGCCAAAACAAGUCUUGGUAGAGCAGCCGUGUUCAUGAGGCUUGGAGGUCAAGCCGGCGGAGAAGCGCGAGAACAGUGCGAGGCCAUUUUUGUGGUGUUGCUCAAGAUUCUUGGACAAAGCCACAUCAAACACGGAUUUACAAAAGCGGUUGACCACCUUUCCUACUAUAACCCUCGCGAAGUUAGUGACCACAAUCAGGCCGGAGUCGCCCCGCUUGUCACAUUCAUUGAGUUGGUCAAUGUGGGCGAUCUCAUCUCGCAAAUGAUAGAUGUUUUCUUUGACCAGCAAAUGCUAGCCCCGAAGAUUGCGGACCGUAACGACUUCCUCGAUCCAGCGGGCCUUGCUAAGAAAAAGUUCGAGCAGAUGCUGGACGAAAGCGUCGCAGCAGGUCUGAACAAGGGCAUCGAUGUGCUCAUGGACGAGGUCGAGUAUCUAUGUGCUACCAUACAGCUGCCAACCGACUACAACCCGCUAGCGUCCUCGAACGAAAAGGGGAUAUCCCAAGGUCCCGACAUCGGUCCCACACAAACCGCAAAGCGGAUCGUGGAGCUCGUAUCCUCACACACCAACAUGCUUGUGGGCAGCACGGAGAAAACAAUGCUCGACGUGUUCAACGGCGAAGUCGGGCUGCGUCUGUUCACGGCGAUAUGCAAGCAUAUCAAGCGGCAGCGUAUCAGCACCGACGGUGCGAUCAAGCUCAUCGCUGACAUGAACCUCUAUUUUGACUACAUCCGCACGCUGAAGAACAACGACCUGCAGGCGUACUUCAAGGCCCUGCGCGAGCUCAGCCAGAUCUACCUCAUCGAUGCCAAGCAUGCGAAAGAGAUGGCUACCAUCAUUGCGGAUGGGGAUAGGUUUGGUGGCAUCUUCAGGGCCGAGGAGGUGUAUGAGUUUGCGGAGCGGAGGGCGGAUUGGUAUCAGGUUAAACGGGACGUGGAAAGGGCUAUGUAUGGGUUGGAGUGCAGUGUCAUGUAG